UUCCUCGUGUCUUCCUCCCUUUCUCCCUUUUAUCUUCCAAGCCUCAUCUUCUCCUUUUUCCCAUCUCCUCUCCUUGCAAAGCAGCUUGUCUGCAAGAACUGGCUAACUUCAAUACAACUCUGGAGGAAGAAAACUCCAACAAAAGGGUGGUACACGCCCUCUAUGAAGCCUUAAGCUCCCGCGACGUAGAUACGGUGCAACGCCUACUCGCACCAGACAUCGAGUGGUGGUUCCACGGCCCACCAUCCUUCCAAUAUCUGAUGCAAUUGCUUACCGGCGACUCAUCAGGGUCUUCCUUUGAAUUCGUCCCACAGACAAUCAAAGCCCUUGGAUCGAUUGUCCUUGUCGAAGGCCACGAACCCAACCAUAACAUCUCUUGGGUCCACGCCUGGACGGUUAGUGAUGGGGUAAUCAUACAAGUGAGGGAGUACUUCAAUACAUCCCUUACUGUUACCCGUCUCGAUAAUUCCAGCCAAUCUUCCUCUCCUUCUUCUCCAUCCUCAUCAUCUUCACGUUCGUUUCAUUGUCUCUCUCCGGUCUGGGAGAGUAGGCUCUACGACGGUACUGGCAAAUCCAUGCCAGGUCUCGUUCUGGCUAUCUAAUUAAUCAAUCAAUCAAGAACAAGGUUGCGGUUUUUUAUAAAUAAGGAUAUCUACUUAGGGAAAUAAAAGUUGUAGUCUUUUGUAUUAAUGGGCUGAAAUAGGUGGCCUUUAGGUGCCUACAGCCCUUGAUUGUUGUGGCUGUUGUUGUAGUUGUUUUAGUUGUAUUUGUUUACGGUGUGUGAAGAAGCUAUGGAGAGAAUAUGGUUCUCUUCUCUAUGUUUGUUAUAUGUUUUGAAAUUAUCAAUGAAAAAUAUAAGUGGGUUUGUUUUA